UCACUUAAGACAUGAGUGAAACUGCAGUUGAUUUUCCAGUUCAAGGAGUACCCCAGAUUAGCACAUGCAUCCGCAUUUAGGGACAGAGACACAACAAUUAUUUUCUGUCAGCACAUCUGUAUGUCAUGACACAGCCUUAUUCCUUGGAUGCAGCGGGUAUCACUCUAGAACUGUGGCUAUGUCUUGGACUUGGCGUCCAGCAUCUGUAAAAGUCUCAUAUGCACUAGUUUAUUUUGUAAAGUGUCCAGAAAGACACUUACUUUCAGUGUCUUUCUCUUUCUUACUUUCAUUAGGGAAGAGCUCCACCCAAGCCACCAGGACAGAGCUAGGGUAGCGUCGGUGGACACCAUGAUCAGUCAACCUGAGAAGACCCUUCAUCGGCGUAGGAGUCCGAAUGAGAGUUAUGAAGAGAAGUGUGAGCGGCGGCAAGAGACACGCGAGAACUUGCGGAGGCGAAACAACGUGACCACGUGCCGCCGUAUGGGACAAUACAGGAAGAAAGAGAUGAAGGAGCAGUCCCAGAGCUCCCGCCAAAAGGAGUUUCUGAGAAGAAGGAACCUAGGGACUGAAGCAGACAAGAAACAAGGGAGGCCUCCCAUGGGAACACAAGUGCCUCUGGGACAAGACGGUGGAACAUGGACUCCCCUGAGCAUAUGGUCACGGAUGGAUCUGAGAGCGUCCACAGCCCUCCAGGUCUCCUGGAACAACAGCAUGCCUUUGUUGCAUCACAAACACCUUCAGCCCGGCCUCAAAGUGCCCCUAGCACAAAGCAACUCACACUUCUGUGGUGUUUCAUCAGAAAGCCUCUUCAGCAAAGAAAUCUCCAAACGUAGCCAAGGCACUCAGACACUGGCAGAUUCUAGCACAAUAAAGAUAGACUCGAGCCAGCAAACAGAUUGUGGAAUAGCAGUGUUGGAUAAGGAAAUAAUUCAGCUUUCUAACUACCUCAAGGAGGCGCUGCACCGAGAGCUGUUGCUGAAGCAGAAGAUGGUGGUUUUACAAGGGCUCUUAUCCACGCUGCUGCAAGCAUCAGAAAAAUCUUGGCAGGGGCAGCUGAAUGAAGAUAAGCUGAAGUGCAAACUCAGGACCCUGGAAAACAAGCUGCAGACCUGCACCCAGAGUUGCACCAAGGAGGGGGUGAAGAAGAUCCUCAUAGAGAUGGAGGACCAAAAGCAGACCUAUGAACAGAAGGCAAAAGAGGCCAUUCAGAAGGUGCUUGAGGAGAAACUCCAAGCAGAAGAGCAGCUCCACAACACUCAGAGAUCCCUGGCUGUCUCGGAAGAAGAUUGUGCCCUCUGGAAAGAACACUAUGAGACUUUAAAAGCAGACUGGAGUGAGAUGACCAGCAAACACACUGAGCUAGAGAACAAGCUCCACAUUUUGCAGAAUAAAUUGCAAUGGGCAGAUUCCCAGAACAACCAGCUCCACGGGGCCCUGCGCCAUCUGGAGAACGAACACACGGAUCUCGACUCCAGAAUCAAGGUCUUGCAGGAGGACAACGCGCUCAAGGCACAGCACGUCAGUGCCUUGGAAGAUAAACUCAAAAAUGAACAAAUCCAGAAGCUGACACUGGAAGAAGCCCUCAGUAACCUGCACAACCUGCUACAAACCCAGUCUGAGGAGCAGAGCGCUCAGGCAGAGGUGAUACGAAGAAAAGAUCAAAUUUUAACUAUGCAGCAGCCCCCCAGCCCUGUCAAAGAAAUACAAAACACUCUGUUCAAGCAGCCGCAAGAUGAGGAAAAGGAAAACCUGAUGGACCAGUUGCAAAAAAGGACAUCUGCGCUCAAAGCAAAGGAAAAAGAGUGCGCAGAGCUCCGCGCCGAGCUGGAGGCCCUGGGUGAUGAGUACCGCUCCUGCCUGACCAAAUUACAUCAAUGCCGGGACGAGCUCAAUCAGCUCCAGGGAAGACAAUCAAAAAGACAAUGCGGCCUCUGGAUUCCAGUCCUAAUGGUGGUGAUAGCAGCAGCUGUGGCAGCUUUCCUAGCCAACCUUAUGCCCCCAGAAUACAUGCCAACUACCUCAGCUCCAUAACUGACUCAGAUCAUGAGUUUUCACUGUCAUGUACAAAAAAAAAAAAGGCUAUUUUUUAUAUAUGCACAGUAAGUACUUGAGGGAUUUUUCCCCUCCAUUUUGAGCUGGUCUCACUCUGAACUCCUUGUGAUCUAAUAAAUGCUGUGAGAUCAUUCUUGUCA